ACAUACCCCCGACUCAAUUAUCUUAAUAACCCUCUGGAAGAUGAAUUAGUGUAAGGCCAGUUUAUAAUUUAAGAGGACGGGGACCAAGGAGCAGAAACGUUUACCCAAGUUUGCAGAGCGGCCCAGGAGAGCUAGGACCAGACCUUUGGUAUUUUGACCCAUUGCUCUCCCCUGGCCCUCGCCUGUCACUGUUUAGUGUCCCUUUGCCGCUCUGGGAAUAAACCACAUCUUCAGCUGUAAAUCAUGAUCUCUAGCAGUGUUUGUCUCUUCCAGUAAUACAGAAAAUGGUUCGAAGAGUGUCCCUGUAGACGUGGAAGUCCUUUUACAAAGUUGUUGUUUCCGAUGUAAAGUUCAAAACAAGUUGAUCGAGGAAGGUGCUAUCUUUGACAUUUCGGAGUGCACCUAAACGUUAUGAAAUGACAAACCCACCGAAGAGUUCGUGCAGAUCAGACCAGGUGACAAGGAAGAGGGGUUAUCCUCGGUAGAGCAAAGAUCAGUAGCUCAACAACUACUUUCGGGUUCCAAAUUUUCAGGGACAUUCUGAUUCUUUAUGGCUGGCACGAGGACGGGAAUCUGGAAUUUGUAAGAAGCUCCCACAAGGGAUUGGGGUAAUUAAUAAAGGCAGUGUAAGGUAAGUGCUGUGGUGGGUCCUGUACCUACCUAAGCAUUCCAUCCUUCACCCUUUCAUCCUGACUAACAGAACCUUGACCCCGCUGCAUACAGAGGUGAGCACAUGGCCCGGUCCAGCUCCUGCGGUGGCCAUGAUGCUUGUCCCAGAUGACACUGGUGGCACUCCUAGGAGAGCUUCGUGAACUGGAAAGACGCAGCUGGUUUCCCCCUUUGAGCUUUCCCCUUUGUCUUGCCAGCAGUACAGAUCCAACGCCUGGGUCCUUGGAGACAAAAGCCACAGUUCAGGGAUAGAGGGACAAGAAGAAAGAAGAUCCUGGCUCCUUGAGCUGUGGUACCAGCCCUGAAUUAUGUAUCCCUACCGUGUGUUACCUGGAAUAAAGAUUAACAUUAGGGGUACGUAGUAGGUCCUGAGUAUCUACAUUUGCUGUCAUUUGAUCCCUGGAAGGAGCGUGCACUUCAGAAGCACAGAGCAGAGUAAAGGGCCUGCCGGACAAGCAGUUGGAGUGUGUGAAUCAACAGAUGCAGCUCACAGAACCUCGCCUCCCCUGACCUCCGUGGUGUUCUGUAAGACGUUCCCAUUUUACUAACCAUUUCAUUUGCAAUCGUUUCAUGUUGACAUUUGGGGUGUGGUUUAUUCCGCUCCUCACUCUACAGCCACUUCUUUCCACAAAUAUGUGCUGGGGGCAGGGGAAACAGCCUUUUAAGCCACCAUAGAGAAAUGAAAAAGGGCAGGUCACAGCCAAUGGCCCAUGCCUGCGGCAAUCCUUAUGAAGGAUGGUUCCAGUAACCACCAUGAUGACCUUCGUGAGCCUCUGGAUUCUAAGCUCAUGCCCUUGGAACACAACACUGUGCUGACGUUCAGUGUCUGUAGGCUGGAGAUCACCUCUGGCUUCCUGGGGUGCACAGGGUGGCACUGGCACCCCCAGAAAAUGAAAGCUGAAGCAUUCCCCCAGGAUGAGCCCCAGAGAGCCCAAAAGGCACAGGAUGUCCAAUAACACAAAUGAGAUCUGGAAAAUGACACCCGCCUCCCCACACAGGUGCUCUUUAGUACUGCAGUAGUAACAAGCAGGGCAAGAAGUUGGGUUUGGAGAGUAAUAAAAUUCCUCUGGUAUCUUCUGCCUUCCCCCCUCCCCGCCCCCCCCCCCCGCCCCCGGAUACUUCCCAUGUAUUUACCCCCUGUCUGAUACACACUCUUUAUAGUUCUUUGUUUUAUCUCUUAUCAAUUCUCAUUGACCAAUGUUCUUCUACCUUCACAAAAGGAAUUUUUUUCUAAUACUUUUCCUCUUUUCCUUUCCCACAUUCCAGUAUGCUCCAGUAUAGUCCAUUCAAAACACAAGUUCCAGCGACCCUGGGAGAUUGGGGUGAAGAAGGACUGGCCACGCAAGCUGUAAGCCCUUUGCGGUCCUAGGCCAAAAAGGUGUGGUGCACAACAUUGUUUUAGGGAAGACCCGCCAUGCCUGCCGGCAUGAUGGCCAGACCUCUCGACCUCCGUUAAUUACCUCUUGAGAGGAAACUCAAAUCAUAAUGGAUGCUGAGUAUGUCCUAUGCAAUUGGAAAGGCCAUUUUUGGCCAGCAAAGGUUUUGUCCAGAUCUAGGAUCUCACCGAAAAAUAAGAGGAAAGGGGCACUUUCUCUGAAAGUUGAAAUACUCUCCGUAGAUGAGAAAAUUAAAGUGAAAAGCACAGACAUAAAGAUCCUAAAUGAGUCUCAAAUUGAAUACAUUACCUCCUUGCUAAUAGCCAAGUCGAAGGCCAGUGUCCCGCCAGGACAGGAAGUGCCCUACAGAAACGCUCUUACCGUGGCACUGGAGAUUCUGAAUGAGAGAGCAAAUCUGGGUCCAGCAAGAGCAUCAGAUGAUCCAGAGACCGUUAAGCCGUCCCCAAGGGGACCACAAAAGCGAUCUCGUAGAAAGUACCGGAAGCCCAAAGGGAGCUUACUGAGGAGUCUUAGGAAAAGCAAAAAACUCAAAUCGCUGCUGGUAUGUUCACAGAGUGAGGACGCCCCAGACGGUGGCCGACCACAGGCACACAGAACCGUCACUCCCAUUCCAAGGAAAAUGCAAGUGGAGUCCUCACAAAGCUCCAGCAUGUACCCAAACUUCCCGUCACUUUCAGAAGGCGCUUACGAGAAAGAGGGCAAGGGAAAGAGGGACACCUCAAGAGUUAGGUCCUUGCGUUGCCCAGUCAAGGAGGAGGGCACAGGUGCUAAAGAUGGAGGCGCCCUUCCAUCUCUGCCACCGGGGUUCAACCGCACGGUACCCAAGGCGCUGAAAGAAGAGGCACAGGACACCUACCCAAAGACCCUGGCCGUCUCCUCCGAAUGCUCUGCCUUCUCCGGGAAUGUCGAGGACCACGGAGAGGGUCCCCGGAAGCCAGGCUUGGAAGGUGUGGCAGCAUCCUCCAGUGCCCCUAACCUGAAGCUGCGUUAUUCACUCCGUCUGGCAAACAGAAAAAGGAAGCUGCAGGUACCAGAGUCUGAGAAAGGGCUGCGAGAACUUCAGCCUUCCGUCAACUCAAAGGCUAUUAACCCCACCACUGCUAUUAGAAAGGACGUCAGCAAGGAAAUGGGACAACCGACAAGCAUGGCUUUUCCACAGGAGCCUUGUCCCAUUGAAGGAGGAAUGAUGGUCUGGUUCAAAUUUCAGAAUCACCCAUUUUGGCCAGCGGUGGUAAAGAGUGUCAGCCAAACAGAGCAGACUGCAAGGGUGCUUUUGAUUGAGGCAAACAUGGACGGUGAAAUGAGUGGCAUUCGAGUUCCUCUUCGAAGAUUAAAGCAUCUGGACUGUAAAGAGAAAGAAAAACUGAUGAAGAGAGCCGGGAAAGUGUACGAGCAAAGUGUGAACUGGUGUUUCUCCCUGAUUUCCCACUACAGAGAAGGGCUGAGUCACGGGUCUUUUGGAGGCUCUUUCCUGGACUAUUACGCUGCCGACAUCAGUUACCCAAUCAGGAAAGCCAUCCAAGACGCGGAUGUGGAGAUUGAUUUCCCAAAGGUGAAUUAUGCCGACCUGGAAGAUUCUGAAGAGGAGGCCUCCCUGGGCGGGAAGAGGCCCUGCAAGAAAAUUCUCCCUGACCGGAUGAGGGCUGCUCGGGACCGAGCCAACCAGAAGCUCGUGGACUUCAUCGUGAAAAGAAAGGGAGCUGAUCACCAUCUUCUGGACAUUGUCAAAGGCAGGAAAGAGUCCAGGUGGCUGGCAUCAUUUCUGAAUUCAAGCAGGUACGUGAUCUGCAUUGAAACGUACCUGGAGGAGGAAGACCAGUUGGAUGUCGUGGUAAGACAUUUGCAAGAAAUCUACAAACAGAUAGACAAGAACACGCUGGCUCUGACAAGGGACGACAAAGUGAGUUUUGUUCUGGAAGUUCUUCUGCCAGAAGCAAUCAUUUGUUCAAUUGCUGCACUCGAUGGAUUAGGUUACAAGGAGGCAGAACAAAAGUACCUACAGGGGCCACCCGUGCGUUACCGGGAAAAAGAGCUAUUUGAUAAAAAUAUCCUAAAGGAAAUGAGAAAGAGAUCAGCAACAAGGGCCAAAGCCAAAUAACUCCUCCUGUGCCCGCACUUUAGCAGGGAGACCCCUCACCGCCCUGUCUGUAUGAAAUGUGUGAUCCUUCCCUUCCCUAUGGCAUGUAAAUAUGUUCUGUAAAUUUGAGACCCCGGGAACACGCUGGAUUCAUUUUGGAGCGAUCUCUAGCACUUACGGGUAGCACGGCCAUCGUCGCUGCUGGUUCCCAAAUGCUUCACAAACUAAUUUUGUUAAAAUACUGCAAACAGUGGUACUUCCCUCUACUUGCUUGGAUGCGUAGCUGUCCAGGUGUUUUCAUAAUGUUGCUUUUGACAGUACUUCAUAUUUUAAUAUAGGAUGCGCGUUCUUUUCUUACAUGAAAGACCCCUGGUGUCAGACCUUAAGCCACAAUCGUUUCUUGAAAUCUAAGAUAGAUGUUUACACAGAAACUUCACACGGAUUUCUCAUUCUUUUUGCGACCCGUCAGUAUAAAUGAUUGGAUUCCUUCUUGAGAUAAUUCCUGAAUUCGAUCUGCCAUGCUUAUUUGUUUGGAAAAAUAGCCCUGAGGGGUGAAGCCAACAGCAGAGAUGUUUUCUAUACACUGUCACUACCUUCAAAUGGCUCUUGGAAAAGCAGUCUGGAAUCCAAAGUUAAUGGGUCGUCUGCAUGCAGCCCACAAGUGGAUGAGCGAAAUCUCAACGUGCAGUAAACAUUUUGUCAGCCUGUGCAAGACUGUUAACUCUUCGCUUCCCUAAGAUUCCACUUAGGGAAGUAGCUCUUGUUCGGUGGCUAAGUGGUUUCCUAAAACAGACAGGCUCCCGGCUGUCUUCCUAACUGACUGGAUGCUUUACACAUGGUGGUUUAUCCCCAUGUGGAAGACAACGAGAGUAAUCAUACACACAGUUUAGCUCUUUUAGACCUACGAAUUCAAGCUCACUGCUAGGAGCCCAUCUAAGGGACACAAAUCGUAGGGAAGCCUGUGCUGUGUUCCGGACCUGUGUCCCCUAAAACACAGUCAUUUGUCCCCUACCAAGCAAGCUUUCUCUUUUGACUUAUUCAUUGACUAGCCCUGACAGGCUCCAACAGUUAUAAAUGCAGGCUAGUGGGUCAUUCCAGGCUGCUUGAGCAAUAGAUGGACGAGGACCUGGGAACUCAGAAAUGGGCAACAGAAAAUCCUCCAUCUGGCUAAAUAUGGCUGUUGUCAGAAUACAGUGAAACGUAUCUAACUAAAAGUAAUAAAUUCUGAAGCCCAUGAAUCGUUCUCCUAACUUGAAACAACAUUUUUUUGAGGGGGAAAAAAAAAAUGUCAGGAAAGCUAGUUUACUUUUAAAACUUGUUGUGAAAAUAAACACUAAAGGUGUAACAUGAACCCAAGUGCAUUUUUAUUCUUAGAGGGAGUCAACUGUCACUCACAGGCCCAUGUUCUGUGUUCAUGUGGCCAUGAGAUGUGUGUGUGUAAAAUCUG